CCAAGGAACGCAUUAUCAUAAAGAUAGCUUUGUACCUUAUUCUAGAUACAAGAAAGAAGAAAAAUCCGCGUAUCUUUUGAGAUCAUAAAAAAGGCGCAAAUAGUUUUACGCGCCAUCGUUUUGAAUUUGGCGCCAAAAACUAAUAUAUAUAUAAUCGGGUAUCACAUACUUAUCGCCAAGUCUCUGAUUGAACCGCCUCGCGCGUAUGCACUUUCGUUUCCGCAAAAGAAAAAUAGUCUUGCUGCAAUGUAUAGAGUCCCAUUUCGAGAAAUACAUGUCGCAAAUAGUGUGCCUGAUCAUCGUUCGUGCGACGAAGAUGUUCUUGAGAAUGCCAAGGACAUUCGAACAAGAAUAUACGGCCUAAUGAGGCAGACGCCGGAGUCGGUGGAAGUCAUUCCUUACGGAAAAGACAAAGAUUUGGACAGACAACUCAAUACAUAUUUGCAGAUUUAUAAAGGAAUGACAAGAAGUAAUGUAAGUUUUGCUUGAUCUCCGUCAAUUCGAAAAUAAGUGAUUAUUUUGCGUAUGUAAAACAUAGAAAUGUACAAUAAUGUGAUUUUGCUUAUAUGUUUUUUCGGAUUGUUUUUUUUUGAACAGGACCUCAGGAAGCAAAAACUCCUUGCAAGGUUGAGCAGACGUUGCUGGCAGAAAGUGCUUAACCUAGAAAGGCUCCUUGAAGGGGAAAGUGCACAUAAACUGUCACGGUCAAACAAUCUUUCCUCCUAUGCUUUUCGGUGGCUCAAAGCCACCAUGACGGAAGAGGAAGUCUUCCAAAAACUUUCCGCWUUGGAGUCAGGRCAGAUGGACGUCAAGACGUUAAAUAAGUUGAACAAGUCUACAGGAUCGAAUUCUACCCAUGCAAACGACGUUCCCAAUCAUUGUAAGGAUUGUGCGAAAUAUAAAUUGCAGAUCGAAGAUUAUGAUAAGAAGAUGGCGGACCUUCAAUUGCAUCAAGAUGUUUUGGACGAUGAAAUUGAAAUGAAAAAAAGAUCAGAAAAUUCCCUGAAAGCAGAAAUUGUGGCUUUAAGGAGAAGUUUAAAAACGGAAAGGGAAACUAUUAUAUACCUUCGUUCAUCGCUCGAGAGAGAACUCCGUGAAAAACAAGCAAUCCAAAAUCAAUUUGACGUUCAACAGGAGAGAAAUUAUAAAGCUAUCGAAUUAUAUGAGCAGAGAAUACAGAAGGAGAAGGAAAGGACGUUGGAGGCGAGGGCAUUGUACAUUAGCCAAGAGACAGAAGAUUGCACUGCUUACAAAKUACGGACAUAAAAGAGCAACUUUCACAUGCAAGAAUUGGACAAUCAAGAGGAACAAUUAGUUCAUAGMKUAAAGAAGACUGCAAGAAACUGCUCCUUUGAGACUACCGCGACAGAAAUACAGAUUAAUGAUACUAUCAACCUAAUGAUGGAAGAAGUGAGCAGCCAUGAGGCUCUAGAAACCAUCGAUAAACCAAUGGUAGUUGAGAGUACAAGCAAUGUCGAAAUUGACUCCGAGUGGCUAUGUGGCAAUGAUGACCAACUUGAGAAACCGGAGGAAAAUAGAAUDGUUGAAGAGAAAAGAGGAAAAAGACAAUUCAAAAGAAACAAAGAAACUGAACUACGCRAAUCAAAGAAAUCCAAGCACGCAAAUGAAGACGAAAGCUCACAAGAUCUGCCAUUAAAACAAUUUGUYGCUGUGGCUUACACCGACAGCACGACAUUUUACAUUGGACAUGUCCUCUCAGAAGAAAACAAUAUGCUGUCUGUCAGCUUUUUGGCCAACAGCAAAAAUUGUACGAACACAUACGAGUGGCCAAAAACAGAGGUUGUCCAACAAAUAUACAAACACCAAGUGUUUCAGGACAGCCUCUGUCCCAUUAUACGGCAUAAGCAAAUGRUGUUUGAUGUGUGUAUCAACAGCUUUAAUAGCUGCAGAUCAAAAUUGGAAUUAGUGGAGAGGCAUUCCCAGGUKGAAAAAGUGUGGUCCGAUAGUGAAGCGCCCCAUCGCAGUGUAGGAAGUGUGAGUUGGAAGUCAAUGAAGACACUGCAGAUUGACAUGUCCAGGGAAGACGAGGCGCUCAUGAUUUCCUUGAUGAAUGCCAAUGACUGGCAGCCUGGUUGGCUAAAUGAUGAAGUUAUGGAUGUCUACAUCAGCCUGCUUGCGAAGAAAGCUAACAAAUUAAAAAAGGGUGUCAUCGMAGGAAAUUGUCAUUUCUACGACCACGUCAAAAAAAACAAAACAUGGCGACCGAAGAUAAUUAUGAGUAACUACAAAUUGUUGAUUUUUCCUGGCCAAUUUGGUGUGGCAAAUCAUUGGAGAUUGGGCGUUGUUAACUUGGAAAGCAAAACGAUCUCUCUGAUCGAUCCCCUUGGUUUAUGCGAAGACAAUGCCCAAUUCUUUGAUAGUAUUCGGUCAUUUCUCGAAAAGCGGAAUGUGGAAGGACACUUUACAAAGAAAGCCUUGCCACACGCCAAGCAGCAAGACAGUGUGAGCUGCGGUGUGUUUUGCUUAAAAUUUGCAGAGGGCAUCAUGUUUGGCACUCCGAUAGUGGAAUUUUCUAAGGUCAGUAAAACGAGUACACAAAUAAACUUUGAUUUURGAGAUUUUGCAUUAUAUUCAGUGACAGUASAUUAUAAAUCAAAUAUUUAUCAUUUCAGGAGGAAAUUGACGAAUACCGAUAUGUUAUUGCCGAGGCCUUGUCCAGAUAGAUUUCUGUAUGAGUUGCACUACCUCAUUUAUUUAAACCAAUAGACAGAGUGUGUGUGCACAUAGUUUAACUGACACGGUAUCGGUUUAUCUUUUUCACUAGCCUCUUUUAAAAAAUAACAUAAUUUAGUGCCUAUAUCAAACCAUACGUAUAUUAUAGAUCUAAAAAAAUGAAUCACUAGAUCAAGAAGUGGCCGUUUUAGCACAAAGAGCAAAUCGAAUUUUGGCGCGCUUUUCUAUAGUGGUAUGUUGUCAGAUCGACUGCUCAAGCUAUUUAAGGUCUAUAAAUCUACGACCAAGCAAAUGAUAAUAGCUACUACAAAGAUUUCAUCUGAUCACUGCAGGUCUUUUCUCUUAGAAAUUAGAGUGACAAAUGACAGUGACUAUACCGCAUAUUAAAAUUUGGUCGCCRAGUCSCUUGACCUUCGGGUGACAAACAAAAUAUCUAUUGAAAACUUGAGAGUGUGGUUUAAGCUUUUUACACUGCCACUGAUUUAUAUUUAACCACUCUAGAUUUGAAUUUAAACAAUUAUUGUGGGUUUUCUUUUGGAGAAAAAAAUUGUUGGCUGAAUCAUUGUAAACUAAAUAAUUGGCGCCAAUUUCUUUGGCGGAAAAUUCAGCAGAUUACGACUUAUCUUCAAUAUUGCGUGCGACACAUCAGAAACCUCGGAGCAGCUCAUCAUAUGUACUUAGGCCAUCAAUUCAUUCAUGAUCAAUGAAUACUUGUUUGUUUCUUCGCCGCUUUAAUUUCUAGGUUUCUCUCGACUUAGUCUGAUUAUCAGUACUUAUUCAAUGUAAUACAUAUAUUUCUUUGGAAUGGGAAUCGCCGUCAGUGCACUUAUGCAUCAAGACCAGCAUCUUYACUAUUUCAUGAAAUCACUUGUCAGACUUUGUCGGUUGUGUUUUUUUUUUUUGGCGCACAUUUUGAGAAUCGGACUCUUGACUUCCAUCAUUGACAUCUCUAGGCCUCAAAAGUGCUUGAUAUCAUGUUUGUGCGAUGUUUAGCAAUAUUGGAGCCRUUWUGGUUUUGAACRUUCAGUAGAAGCGAGAGACAUCAUCAAUGCUGGCUUGUAUGAUUUUAAAUAAGUACAAUUCACGUUUUCAUCUAGCAAUAUAAUGUGUUACACGUACAAAUCCCUCUAUCGAUUUCAUGUAUUCUAAAUGUAGGUAUCUCCAAGAACAUGUAAAUAGAUUUUUAAAACUAGUCUCUUUUCAUAAAAACGACUUGUUUAUGAUUUGUAAAUAAAAGAUUGAUYGUAUCCUA